UUUGCUUUGCAUGCAUUGCAUUGAAAUAUUUCCAAAUGGCAGAUUUGCCGAAAAGUGAUAAAAAGUGGACGCACGAGCGUAAAAAGUUGCUUAUCACCGUAAGGCUUAGCCAUGAAAGUGAUUUCGCAACUAAAACAAAAAAGCGUAGCACAAUUUGGCAGAAAAUUAGGCGGGAUAUACUGAAAAAGGACAAAGCAUUUCCAUUUUCUCUCGAUGAAAUAAUGCGCUGCUACACCAACUUGUUGGGCACAUAUAAGCGAAUAAAGAGAAGAAGCGCAACGUCCGGCAAAGCUGCCACCAAUUGGGAGUUCUUUGAGGAAAUGGACGACGUAUACGGUACACGCUGCAGCGUUGUUGCACCUGAGAAUAUGGUGAGACGUUCUUUGGAACCAACUGGAAACGAAAACUCUUCUUCAUCGCCGUCUCCUUGUCCUUCCCCUUCUGCAUCCUCAGAGGUCACGCAUACGAUAAGAACCCGAAAACGUAAACGAAAUGAAGUUAUUUCUUUCUUAACAUCCGAAUCCGAAAAACAAGAGAAAUUGUUUGAGGCACUGGUGGCGACUGAGAAAGAAAAAGUAAAGAUUGAAAAGGAAAAGUUGAUGGAACUAAAAUCCAUACGUAAAUUAUAUGAACGAAUUUUAGAACGCAAUAUCGACAUUAUCUAACUAUUUUUUUUUUUUUUUUAUUAUUAUAAUCUGACUAAAAUUUAUUAAGAUUGCGMCGAUGUUUGUAACGCCUAAAAGUUUAGACUCUAUAAAGUAUAUUAAUAUACAAAUGAUCAAUGUAACGAGCUGAGUCGGAUUACCCAUGCCCGUCCGUCUAGUAUAUAUAAAAAUUGUAUGUUCGUCUGUCUGUAUAUACAAUAAUAUAUAUAUAUGUAAACUGACCGAUAAAAGYUCUUCUAAGGAAUCUUUAAUAUUUCCAAAGGGUUUUAUAAUUUCGUUGCAAAGAAGUCARCGUUUUUUCWUGUUUCUAGUUUCUUUUAACAUUACAUAAUGAAUUUUUACUAAAACAAUAUUUAUKUUAAUAUUGAAUUUUUAAUCAAAA